AUGCAUGGAGAUCCGGUGAAAUUUGUCACAGAACGUGAAUAUUUUGGUGACUUCGGUUACGGAGAAUGUUUCAACUCAUCCGAGUCAGGAGUACAAUGUGAAAUAAUCACUGGUAACUUUGAUCCGAAACUUCUCCCCUAUGACAAACGAAUGGCUUGGCAUUUCAAGGAAUUCUGUUACAAGACAUCUGCUCAUGGAAUACCAAUGAUAGGACAGGCGCCAAAUCGAUACUACAGAUCUGUAUGGGUUCUACUAUUUCUUGGAUGCAUGACUAUGCUAUAUAUGAAUGCCCAAAGUGUAUUGGCUAAAUAUAAUAGGAACGAAAAAAUCGUGGACAUUCAGCUGAAAUUUGACACAGCACCGUUCCCAGCAAUUACAUUAUGUAAUUUGAAUCCUUAUAAGGCUAGCCUAGCUACAAGUGUAGAUCUGGUUAAAAGAACGCUGUCUGCUUUCGAUGGUGCCAUGGAACAAGCUGGAGUUAAACAGCAUGGCGAGGAUGCACCUCCUGUAGAGGCAACAUCCGCGCCAAAGACAAAAAGAUCUGUCGGUUUACAUGGUGCGUUCUUUGAGCCGGGCUACGCGAGAUGUUUGUGCGGAAAAUCUUCAGCCGAACUGGAAGACCUGUCGUCGGAAAAACAGGAUUCAGUCGGUAGCACUAGGAAACCUUUCAGCUUAGAUGAUGAGGAGGUUGAAUGGGAAGAGGGGAACGACUAUUACAUGGAGACUACAACAGGGCUAAAUCUUAUGGAGGAAUGCAAAUCAGAGAGGACAAAGUUGGAUGAGCCAACCGGCUAUGACGAUCAUUGUAUAUGUGCGUUUGACAGAAAUACUCAUGAUGCUUGGCCGUGUUUUCUAAAGGAUACCUGGGAGGCUACUGAGUGCGACACUUGCAAUGAACACGCUUUUUGUACGAAAGACAACAAGACGUCGAAAGGUCAUAAAUCGCCUUGCCUCUGUGCUCCGUCCAGGUUUUGUGUUGCUUACAAUGGGAAAACUCCACCGAUUGAAAUAUGGACUUAUUUGAAAGGAGGACCGCCGACGGAAGAUCCAAAUUUUCUUGAAGCUAUGGGUUUCCAGGGAAUGACCGAUGAAGUUGCGAUUGUGACUAAAGCCAAAGAGAAUAUUAUGUUUGCUAUGGCUACAUUAUCUAUGGAUGCUAGAGAGAAGUUGUCGACAACUAAACGAGAACUCGUCCAGAAAUGUUCCUUUAAUGGAAAGGCUUGCGAUAUUGAGGGGGAUUUCCUUACUCAUAUCGAUCCUGUCUUCGGUGCUUGCUUCACGUUUAACCACAAUCGAAGUGUCCAGUUAACUAGCAUUCGAGCAGGUCCAAUGUACGGUUUACGAAUGUUGGUGUACGUGAACGCGUCCGAUUAUAUGCCGACCACAGAAGCCACCGGUGUACGCCUCACCAUUCACGAUAAGGAAGAGUUCCCGUUUCCUGACACAUUCGGAUACUCGGCUCCGACUGGCUAUGUGUCUUCAUUUGGCCUACGACUGAGAAAAAUGACUCGUCUACCAGCUCCAUACGGUGAUUGUGUUCCAGACGGAAAAACUGCUGACUAUAUUUACAAAAACUACGAAUAUUCAGUAGAGGGUUGCUAUCGAUCAUGCUUUCAACAACUUGUACUCAAGGAAUGCAAAUGUGGCGAUCCUCGUUUCCCGGUACCUGCCGGUGUGACUCAUUGUGAAGCGGCAGACCCUAUGAAAUACUUUUUGUCCCGUAGAUGUCAGCAACCAUGUCGACAGUCGAUCUAUUCGGUAACAUAUUCUCCAGCCAAAUGGCCUUCGCUUUCACUUCAAAUUCAGCUCGGAUCUUGCAAUGGAACGAACGCCGAGUGCAACAAACACUACAAGGAAAACGGUGCUAUGGUUGAAGUGUUCUACGAACAGCUUAACUUCGAAAUGCUCACAGAAUCCGAGGCAUACGGCUUUGUCAACUUACUUGCCGAUUUUGGUGGACAACUUGGACUAUGGUGCGGUGUAUCGUUCUUAACAUGCUGUGAAUUCGUAUUUUUAUUCCUCGAAACCACCUACAUGAGUGCACAACACAAUUGGGCAUUGUAUAAGAAGAAGAAGGAGGAGAAAGAGAAAAAGAAGAAAAUGUUCGAGUAA